GCAAAUUGACGACGAAGCGAGCCCCAAGCUCUCGCGUAUGUUAAACCUUUGAUUGAUGUUAUUACCACUUUAUUUCCCCUCCCCAAGAUAUUUAAAAGGACAAAGACGUUUCUAACGGGAUGGUGAUGACGUGUGGUCCUGUUAUUGUCGACUGAUGCUAAAAGCUCAUGCUGAUCUUUGAGGGCGUUUGUCAUAACUGCAGUUUUAACAUCUCGUGCUGCUCUGAAGACUCGGCACAGAGAUGCCUGGAGGUGAAAUGAUGUCUUGUGCACGAGCACCAGACGGUGAAAAUAGUGUGACGUCAGUUUCCUUUGACGCACGGUCGUGUCCGUGGCUCGCGUUCUGCAGACGUUGUUGAUCUGCUCUGAUCACGCGUUUGUUUGUUUGUUUGUUUGUUUGUUCCCCCACCCCCAUAAAAUGGAUACGGAUAAGACGCAGGCGCGUGAGGGCGCGUGGACGCCGCUGCUGCUGUGGACCGGUGUGGCCGUGCUGCUCCCGGUGCUGAUCACGCUGUGGUGCAGUGUGCGGCGCUCGGAACGCGUGGUUCGUCUUAAAGACCUGUCACGCGCAAGCCGGCACAGCUGGCGCUAUAUGGACCUGUUCCGCAAGCCUACGUACUGCUGCGCCUGCGAGCUGCCCGUGCUGAACGGUGCCUUCUGCGACUGCUGCGGCGUGUGCGCACACGAGACGUGCGUGAGAGGUGCCGAGCGCGCUCUGGCCUGUAAGGAGAUCGCUGCGCCGGCGCAUGCAGACGGAGGCUUCCGCCACCGCUGGGUGCGUGGGAACGUUCCGCUCGCGAGCUACUGCGCCGUGUGCAAGCAGCAGUGCGGCACGCAGCCCAGACUCUGCGAUUACAGAUGUGUGUGGUGUCAGACGACAGUCCAUGACGACUGCAGACUGGAUCUCGGUGAUGAUGAACGCUGUGAUUUGGGUGAGUUUCGCUCCAUCAUCAUUCCACCUCCGUACCUGUACCAGCUGAACAAACUGCGGCGCAGACACACAGACGAGUACUGCAAGCUUGCAGCAGUGUAUGGAAGUGGGUGGAGCCCCCUGCUGGUGCUUGCUAACACACGCAGUGGAAACAACAUGGGUGAAGAGCUGCUCGGAGAGUUUCGAACCCUACUCAACCCGGUGCAGGUGUUUGACCUGUCUGAGAUUGCCCCUUCCAAAGCCCUGCAGUUGUGCACUCUGCUGCCCCCUGGCUGUGUGCGUGUGCUGGUGUGUGGAGGAGACGGGACAGUGGGCUGGGUGCUGGAUUCCAUCGAUACCAUGAAACAGAAGGCUCAGGAUCAGUUCAUCCCACGCGUGACCAUCCUCCCCCUGGGGACAGGAAAUGACCUGUCUAACUCUCUGGGCUGGGGUUCAGGAUACGCCGGUGAGAUUGCGAUUGAGCAGGUGAUCAGGAACGUGCUGGAGGCUGAAGUGGUUAAGAUGGACAGAUGGAAAGUUCAAGUCGUCUCCAAAGGAAACUACUUUCGCAAGCCAAAGGUUUUGUGCAUGAAUAAUUAUUUCUCAGUGGGUCCUGAUGCCCUGAUGGCCCUGAACUUUCACACACACCGCGAAAAGACGCCGUCCUUCUUCUCCAGCCGCAUCAUUAACAAGGCCGUGUAUUUUCUCUAUGGAACCAAAGACUGUCUGGUGCAGGAGUGUAAAGACUUGGACAAAAGAAUUGAGUUGGAGCUGGAUGGAGAACGGGUCCCGUUGCCCAGUCUGGAGGGCAUCAUCGUGUGCAAUAUUGGCUACUGGGGUGGCGGCUGCCGGCUGUGGGAGGGGAUGGGAGACGAGCCGUGUCCUCCAACACGGCUGGAUGAUGGGCUGCUGGAGGUGGUCGGUGUGUUUGGAUCGUUCCACUGCGCACAGAUCCAGGUCAAACUCGCCAACCCUGUCCGACUGGGCCAGGCACACACAGUGAGGUUGGUCCUGAAGAGCUCGCUCAUGCCGAUGCAGGUAGACGGAGAGCCGUGGGCUCAGGGUCCAUGCACCAUCACCAUCACUCAUAAGACUCAGGCGCUCAUGCUGUACCACAGCGCCGAACAGACCGAUGAUGAUGAUGAUGAUGAAGAGUCCAGCACCUCGGAAGCUGAAGGGCCGUUAGUACAGAGCGCACGCACUCCUGAGAACAGCUCAGAACAUCGGUGAGGCUUCGUCCCACAGCUGUGCUGCUCCGCUUGGACUGCUUCAUUCAAAAGUUGUUUUUUUUGCUAUAUGAGAUUGAUGAGUGUGCGACGUUCUGACCUGCGACCUUCACGUGUUUCACGCCGCAGCUCUGCGUUUUAGCCUCAGAGUAAACUGCUAUGAGUUUAUCACCUCUACUUACACAUACAGAGUCUUCUUACCCCAGUAAAAUCCCCAGACGAGCAAAUUCACAUAGGACACAUAGGAUUGAUUGACAGGCUUUGACAGAUUCCCUGACCUUCUCUAUGCCCCGCCCCUUUUAUUAGUGACCGGUGAUCUCUCGUGCUCAGUUACUGUAGAUACGCACAAUUCAGACGAGUGAGUUAUGAUUUACUAACAUGCUAGUUUUUUAGGUUAGCCUGUUUACUAUAAUGCUAGUUUGUUGGCUUUCAUGCUAGUCUUUAGAUACUGAUACUAGUUUGUGGCUUACAAACUAGCUUUAAGAUUAGCCUGUUUACUACAAUGCUAGUUUGUUGGUUAAACACACUCCAGAUUGUACCUGACACAGGCGUUUCGUCCUGUUCAGGCUCGUCAGGUGUGAUGUGAAACACUGGAUGUCGUUAUGACGUCACACCGUAUAAGCGAUGAUCACAUGCACUGAUAUUUGUCCUGUAAAAACUCGCUGUAGAAGAUGUUUUUUAUGCUUAGCGAGCAGUUUGUGCAAUAAGAGCUUUAUGCUUCAGGCCACAGGUUAUUAUAUAUUUUAUAUUUAUAUAUAGACCCGUCCCUAUAAAGCUGGGACCCGUCACAUGACCUUCAUUCAUUCCUUUAUUCAUUCAUUGUCAUUUUGUUCUUUUUUUUGGGUCAUGAUAUUUUUUCUGUUUUAUAAUCUGGUGAAUGUUUGACUUUUUUAACAAAAGUAAAUCCUUCAUAUUUACUCGAUUUUCCAAACAGUGUUUUUAACAAUAAAUGAUUCACGACUAAAGUAUUAAUAAUGAAUAAUAGAUCUCACGUCAUUAUACCUGAUGAGGACGCGUGAACUCGAUAUUAUUUAUUAAUGAUAGUUUGCAGUUGCCAUGGUAACAGUACCUGAUUGUGGGCACAUGUUUACUGUAAAGCUGUGAAGUCACAGGACCAGAAACCCCUCGUCUGUACUGUGUUGUGUUAAUUUUAUUUGAUGUUCUGCACUGUCCUCACACACAAUCACUCACACACUCUCUCACACACACACCUCUAUUUAAACUGUAAUGUACACUGUAAUUAUCAAACGUGACUGUGCCAAAGUUCAAAGUUUUUUUAAUUUUAUUGCUUGUAACCGCUUUCAGUUUUGUUUCCUCGCUUUUAUUUUAUUUUUUUUAAAUGAACCCAGUUUUUCUUUAAUGAGGAUGUAUAAAGAUUAGUUGUAUUAGUUGUUCACUCAUCCUACACAUUUACUGUAUGUUUACACGCAGGUGGGCGUGGCCUCGUCAGCCGUUCCUACUGAAACAGUAAUUACUGUAUUUAAGGUUAAUGUCUAAAUCUGCUUCAGCUCUAAUUACGUAACGCACGUAAAGAUAAAACGGUUUCAACUUUUACGAAAGUCUGUUUAGUUUAUUCUUUAAUUGUUUUUUUUUUUACUAAUCUUAUUAAACCCAUGAGCACUGUGUGAGUUCGUCAUGGUUAAAAUCCGUCUUAUCGAACGUGCUAAAAGUUUGGAGUUUAGCUUUGAUUCCAUUUGAGAGAGUUUUUAUUUAUUCCACAUUUUAUUCAGUUGAGAAUUUAUUCUGAAUGUCGUUAUGUGUUUUAUUUAAACGAGAGAAAUCCUGAAUCAUCCUGAAUUCGUUUCUUGUCAUUACUUUGUAUUGUUGAGAUUUUGUCACAUUAACAGUCUAGACGACAUCAAGGCACAGACACCAGGAGAGAUUUCAUCACAACAGAGAAACGUUACACAACCGAUGCUGAGAAAUUGUGAAUGUGAUUGAAGGAUGAAUUAAAGAGUGAAAGUUCAAAGCAAACAA